AUGGACAAAGCCAAUUUCUUAGAAGAUACAACUUCUAAGCAACAGAAAGAUUUGCCUUCUGAUGGGGAUUUCUCCCAAAUUAAGAUAUACAGUGAUUACAAUUUUACCUCAAAAAAUGACAUCCUUGAUGUCUCAAAUCAAAUUCCUUUAACAGUAGAUGACCUUCAAGAAAAGGCUACAUAUAAAGAGACUUGCAGAAAUGCAGACAUGGUCAUGACUCUAGGUAAAAUGACUAAAACUGUUAUCAACAAAAACUAUGAUAAAGAGAAACAAUCCACUGUAAAUCUUGAUAUUCUGGCUAAUGAAAGAGGCCCUUCCAAGUCAAACAUUUCUGAUAUUUUACUCCAUCAUCUUUCCAAUCAGGAAUUCUUAAAAGGUCAAGGCAUUAAUUGUGAAACUUUCCCAGAGAUUUCUAAUGCUGACAGUGCUGAUGAAGCUAUUGUUAAAAAUAUUAUUUUGCGCUAUGUUAAGAAUUCUUGGCCAAAAGAACAAACCUCAGAACUCACAGACCAACUGAGCCCCAAAAGGGGUGGUGAAAACAGCAAUAUGCCCUGUUGUUCACUAACUGUGACAGAAGGAAACGCCUCUGACUUAGAGGCUGCUGGAGAGAGCAGCCAUCAAGAAACUUCACAUUUUCUAACUAAAAUCAAGAGUUCGCAUGAUAAACCAAUAAGUUGCCAAGGGCAGCCACCCCAGAAACUGCAGACCGAAAAAGCAGUUUCAGGCACUGGGUUCAAACGUGGCCAUAGUCUGGUUCAUUACGAGUUAUCUGAUUUCCCUAAGGUUGCUCCCAAAGGGAAAGUCCCUAAAAAUAAAACAAUUAAUAAACCACUUACAACAGAUAAACAAGCCAGCUUUUCUCCUAAAUUGAGAGAUAAGUCAGCUAUUGUGCAAGAUAUUUUAGAAAGCAUGUCUAGGUCAAACUGUAUUGAAAGACAAGGACAGAAAAGGAAAACUGCUGAACCUUCACAACAGAUAGAGAUGGAGCCCACAAUACAUAUUCACCAAGAACAUCUCACAGGAAUAGAAUCAGAGAUGAGUCUCUUUAAGGUGUCAUCAAUGUCUCAGAAAGACAUUUUCCCAAGUUCUUCUUCCAUAUUUCAGAAGAUAACCCAGGGGAAACAGAUGUGCCAGAAGUUAAAAGAACAGACUGAUCAACUGAAGACUAAAGUACAAGAAUUUUCCAAAAGCAUAGCAGAGGACUCUCCCUAUCAUUUGCAAGAUAAGAGGCUGGUCCUGGAGAAACUGCAGGGACAUCUUGAACUGCUGGAGCAGGAGUUUCUGGACAACAAGGAGAUGCAUCUGACUUUGAAGCAAGUUCACAGGCAUGAAUCCCCAGCUGUCGGUGACUUUGAUCCAGAAAGAGAAGUGGAAGGUGAAAUCUUCAAGUUGGAGAUGCUACUUGAGGAUGUUAAAGAGAAAAUUAAUAAGGGCAAAUGUACUUCAGCCGUUUCUCUUCCUGUGAGUUCUCCAAUCAUCUCGGAUGACUUGGCAUCCACAUCCUCUCCACCCUCAAAUGAGCCAAAGAAUCCCCCAAAGUGGGGCUCCCACAGAGCUCAAGAACUGAUUCUAAAUUCAAACUGCCUAAAAAAACAAAAAAACAACAAACAAACAAAACCCCCAAACCCCCAAAACAAUGAUAACACAGACCAACCAGAUCAAAUGGCCAUGAGGUUGUCCUCUGAUCCCAGGGAGAACCCCAUCAACACCUCGGGAAGGCAGGACCACGCAGAGAUGACCAGUCCAAGCUGUGCCUUUUGCCAUGGGGUCCUUGAAUGGAAGGAGAACAUGGAGAAAAAAGGGCACAGAAACACCAACUGCGGAAGGUGUCCCCCUGCCAUUCAAAAAAAGGCACAGCACGCAGGUUUGAUUCUCAGUUCUGCUGCAGGCCCCAGCUGCUCUUCUGCUUCUGGGACUGGAUUGCAGAAUAACAAAUGUGAGAACUGUGGCACUAAGAGUCAUAAUUCCCGAAGAGUCUGUGGCAAAGAGCCACUUGAAGAAUUUCAUUACAGAUACAACAUGCCGGGACAGAAUUACUUAAAUCCUAACGAAAGAAGUGCCUUUGUCAAACUCUACUUUUUAAACGAAAAUAAAAAUUCUUCACCUUCUUGUUCAAAACCAGAAUGGAUCUGUUCCCAGACAUCGAAUCCAAAAUCCUCUCAUGAUGAACAUGGGCCCAUACCAGGAAAAAAAAAUCUUAAGGUUUUCAUGACCUACCAUUCAGACCUUGCUACAACCUCACCCCAUUUCCACUCCUGCAGGAUUUCUGGAAGCAAAUCCUUAAGCAACUUUGGCAGUAUUGAAGAAACAGAAUCUGAGAUUUUAAACUCGUCUUUGGAUCAUGCCCUGAGGACAGCAACCAUUUUGAAAGACACUACUGAUCGAAUGAUUAGAACUAUUGCAGAAAAUCUUGCCAAAGUACAGAGAUGGAGGAAUCAACUGAAAUACUAG